GAACUAUAGCAUACUGAUCACCCUCUCUCAAAUGAGGUCGUGUUAACGUUAUGACAAUGUAUCGCAAUGGAAGACCGUGUUAAAAUUAUAAUGAUAAUUACCCAGCUGACGAUGUAUGUAUUUCACAUGAUCUUGUAAUUAAGCAUUAUGUAAUGCUAAUGCGAAUACUAACGACAAUAAAAUAAAGAUUGACAAGAAAACAAAUGAAUAAGUAGAGAAAAAUCGUAAAAUUAAAAUUUUCAGUGCAACGAAAAUAUAGAAGAAAAAGAAAAAUAAUCCAUCACCUGCAGAAGAUUGGGAAGUCAAGAGGAAACUAUGAAGUUCAAGAGGAAUCUAUUGAAAACAAGGCUUAAGAAUGUGAAUAAAUGGGAAAGGUGCCGUUGAGAAAGCAAAAGAUCUAUAGACCGACUCCCGCUGAUCAAAACAGACGCCAGCCAGCGUGGGGAAGCACGAGGUUAAUCAAAACAAGCCAUGGACACCAGUAAUGUAGGAGAGGAAGAGAAGGAAGGAGAGGUUACAUAUGAAGAGAAACUCAAGUACGUCAGUGUCAUUGCCCAGCCCAUGGCGUCCAAGAAGCUAGCCGGCAGGAUAUACAAGUUGAUCAAGAAAGCUUCCAAACAGAAGACAUUUCUGAGAGAUGGAUUAAAGGAUGUACAGUCAAGGAUCAGGAAAGGAGAAACAGGAAUUGUCAUCUUUGCUGGAAAUGUUUCUCCUGUUGAAGUGAUGUGCCACCUCCCUGCUGUGUGUGAGGAAAAGGAGAUUCCUUACAUAUACACACCAUCCAGGGAAGAUUUAGGUGCUGCCAUGGGGACCAAAAGGGGUUCCCUUCUUGUUCUUAUUCGGAAAAACAACGAAUACCAGGAAUUAUAUGACAAAGUGCUUGAAGAAAUUAACAAAGUACCUAGAGUUUAUUAACUUUGUCAUAAACAUAUAAGUACAGUUCAGUUUUAAUAAAAGUAUAAAAAGUUAAA